AUGGAGCUCACCAUGGACAAUCUCCACAGCGUCUCCUCGCACUCCCAGGUCGGGGACCUGAUGAGUUCUCCACACGCCCGGCCGUCGCCGUCUCCCAGCACCUCCUCCCGGAAUCUGGCGUCGCACGCCCCCGGCACGCGCUCGGCCAUGGUGUCCGGGAUGGCGUCCAUCCUGGAAGGCUCCAGCGGGGACUACCGGACUGACCCGUCCGCGCUGUCCGGACACUUGCACCCGUCGAUCAGCAUGUGCGACACCGGGAUGAGCCUUAGCAACACUUACACCACCCUGACCCCCCUCCAGCAUCUACCUCCAAUAUCCACGGUCUCGGAGAAGUUCCACCACCCGCACUCGCACCACCACGCUGCCGCGCACCAGCGACUCUCCGCCGGGAACGUCAGCGGCAGCUUCACGCUGAUGCGGGACGACCACCGGGGUCUCGCCUCCAUGGGAAACCUAUACAAUCACUACCCGAAGGAGAUGUCCGGCAUGGGCCACGGCUCGCUGUCCCCGCUCUCCAGCGGACUGGGAUCUUUGCACAACCCGCAGCAGCCUCCGCUCUCCUCCUACGGUCCAGGUCCGCAUCUCUCCACCGACGCCAAAAUGCUGUCCCCGGUGUCGGGGUUCGAGUCGCACGCCUCCAUGCUGUCCCGCAGCGACCAAGAACACUUGGCGAGAAGUUUAGGAGGUCACGGCCACAGCAUGAUCUCCAACCUGAACGGGAUGCACCACCACCACCCGCACUCCCACCUCCACUCUCAGCCGAGCAGCGCGGUGAUGCUGGGUGAGCGGGACAGACACGGGCACGGGUCGGGCCACGGGGUAUCAGGGUCCGGCAUCCAGGCUGAGGAGAUAAACACCAAAGAAGUGGCUCAGAGGAUAACAGCCGAGUUAAAGCGAUACUCCAUCCCGCAGGCCAUAUUUGCCCAGAGGAUCUUGAGUAGGUCACAAGGAACUUUGUCGGACCUGCUGCGCAACCCCAAACCCUGGAGUAAACUCAAGUCGGGCCGGGAGACCUUCAGGAGAAUGUGGAAGUGGCUGCAGGAGCCCGAGUUCCAGAGGAUGUCGGCACUGAGGCUGGCAGCAUGUAAACGUAAGGAGGAAGACCGAGGACGAGAGCGUAACCAGGUGCCAAAGAAGCAGCGCCUGGUCUUCACAGACCUGCAGCGUCGGACCCUGGUAGCCAUCUUCAGAGAGAACCGCCGGCCCUCCAAAGAGAUGCAGGUCACCAUCUCCCAGCAGCUGGGCCUGGAGCUCUCCACCGUCUCCAACUUCUUCAUGAACUCACGCCGCCGUUGUCCGGACCGCUGGGACGCAGAGGAGCACGGUCACAGCGUCCACCACGGCCACGUGCACACGCCUCACAGGAACGACUCCCCCAUCCACCCCGGCCCUUCCUCGGUCGCCACCUUCUCCAAAGCCUGACGGUGAACUCGGGGAUGGAGAGCUC